AUGGAGAUUUUGCAUAAAUUUAAACAAAAUGGUUAUUUCACGGCAGAUUUGUAUCAUUUGCUCGCCAAGAAACAUCUUUCGAACUCAUCAGACAAGAUUAUUCCAUCAGAAUAUAAAAAGGAAAUGAGUAUGUCCACUGAAGAGCGUUUACAAAGUUUGAAUACUAUUGUAGUGGACAACCUUGUAGGUUGUGACAAAACGAACAGCAAAGUGGUUCUAUCGUUUACACCAAGAAUAAUAAUAUUUCAGAACUUUAAACCAAACGAUAAAAUAGUUGCCAAGUUUUCUGUAAAGAAUAUAUGUAAGGCUCCAACAUAUUUAAAUAUGGUAUGCAAGGAAUCUUCGUAUUUUUCUAUAAAACCAUGUGGGGGGCAGCUUCUGUCACGGCUCGCUCCUGGAAUAAGCGUGACAUUCGCUGUCACAUUCCAACCAGUUCAAUACGAAGACUACACGCAUAAAGUCAGUUUUUAUACAGACGUUGAUCAGUAUGUCCUACCUUUGAUAGCUAUGGGACCAAGAUCGGUAUUCGAUUUCCCGGACCACGUGCAAAUACCUGAAGUGCCACUAAAAAUUGAGAAUAAUGUGUUUUUGGCAAUCCACAAUAUUGGAGUAGUACCUGCGGGUUUUACUAUUCGCACAAAAUGUCCGUUCUCGGUGCAACCCAAAUCAGCUUAUGUUAAUCCAAACCAAAAAAUAGAUAUCAGAGUUGGAUUCAAAACGAUGCAUGUUGGUGAAACACAAGGAAAUAUAAACGUUGUUUUUGAAACUGGUGAAAUAUUUGAUAUAAAAGUGUCGGGUUCAUCGUAUACUGUAAGUGUAGAAUUAGAGAAGCAAGUCGUCAGAUUUCCCGACACAUAUAACACGAUGGCAAGACAGCAGACUUUUAAAAUAAUUAAUAAAUCUAACCACACGCUAACAUACAUGUGCAUGAAAAACAACAGCGUUUAUAAUGAUUUCGAAGAUAAAGUCAAAUUGGCUACAAUAUUUUACAAUUUCAAACAAAGCGAGUCGGCCAAGUCUAACAAAUUGGUUCACUACGAUGUGUUGACCAGUGCUGAGCACGAGCGAGUGUACACGAGGAUAUUCUACGAUGAGAUACAGGCUUUAGUUGCGGACGAAUCUUUGCAAUUUCAGAAUACGCACAUGUCUGUUGUACCUAUUAAAGGAAAGCUAUGGCCAAAUAAAACAACGGAAGUUACUAUCACAUUUGCACCUAAAGAAAUUGGAGAAUUUGAGACGACGGUAUAUUUAGAUGUGGAUGGUGUAAAUGACCGCCUACCACUAAAAUUAGUCGGUACCUCGCUACCACCUCAUAUAACACUGAACUUGGAAACUCUUGAUAUGGACCGGGUUUAUAUAAACAAAACUUAUAAUUAUGAAAUUGUUGCUAUGAACAAAGGUCAUAUUAACGGGGUGAUCGUUUAUAAACACGUGGCUCCUUUAUUCGGAAGCAUUAUAAAUUGUAAUCCUGAAAUUCAUUGCUUACGACCUGGUGAUAAAGGAAUGUUUGUUAUAUCAUUCUGCAACUCCAAUCAAGGACCAUUCUUUGAAGAAUUGCAUUUUGCUAUCCGAGAAACUAAUGUUGUUAUAAAACUUUAUUUAAAGGGCGUUGUUGUAUAUCCUUCACUGAUGUUUAGCAAACCUUGCCUCGAUUUUGGAAAUGUUAGUCUUGGUGUACCUAAAACGUUAGAACUGGAUGUUAUAAAUGAAUCCCUUGUUCACGUUGACGCGAAUGUGAAGAUAUCUUCAGACGGGCCUGAAAUGCGAAGUAUCACGCUAAGAGAUUAUUCUGUGGCUGACAAACCUAAACCACCGCUACCUCAGUGGCCAAAAGAGUUUGAUAUCGAACCACAUAAAAUCAGUAUUGCACCUGAAUCUAGCAUUUCACUACAGGUAACAUUGACGGCUAACUUAAUACGAGCUAAUCAGACCUUUCUUGAACUGGAACUGGAUAAAUCUGAUAGUCCACCGAUAGUUCUUCCAAUAACGUUCAACGCCAACAUACCCAUUAUUACUCCGGCUCCGGAGAUCAAACUGAGAGCGUGUUUUCUAGAUUUUGCCUACAAGCAGGAGAUUCAUGUAAUAUGUAAAGAUUUUUGGGGAUAUUUUACAAUGGAUGAAUCUGAGACAGAAUCCACGUUGGAGGUAGAUGUAGCAUUAAAAGAAGGACUGAUUAAGCCAAACAGUACUCUUGUUCUACCUGUAGCGAUAAAAACGAGCGUUCUCGGAGUUCAAAAACAUGUUGUUCGGUUAAAUCUUUUCGGCUCCACGGAGCAAGUGGAAGUAUGUCGUAUCUCGGGGUGCGGCGUGCGGCCUAUAGUGACGUGCGCACCCGCCGUGUUGCAUUGGGGUCAAGUGCGGCUGCUGACAAGGACAUAUAAGACUCUCACGCUGUGCAAUGAUUCCCCAGUCAUUGUCAAUUUUAAAGUUUCUUUGCUUAAUCGCGAUGGAAGAUGGCAAAUAUCUCCAACAGAAGGACAAAUAGAACCGGAAUCAGAGACGGAGUUGAAUGUAACUCUGUAUUUAAUAGAUGCCGACAGUUAUACGAACAAAGCCGUUAUACAGUUGGAGAAAGUUAAAGACAUACUAGUACCACUAUCAGCGACUGGAGUUGGAACGAGUAUUAUAGUUGGUGAUCUUAGAGAUAGAGUGGUACUUGGUCGCCAUUUCACAAAAAUACCAUUAAACUGCAAGGUGAUAAUAGAGAACUGUGGAACGCGCAUGCAUGCGCUGGAGUGGAGCGAACAUUACAAAGCUCCUAAAACUAAACAACAUGCUAGUGGAUUCUUUAAUAUGAAUCCGCGAAUAUUUAAAAUGGGACCAGGAGAAAAAAUGGAUUUGUCUAUAACCGGUUUGUCUCAUAAAGUGACGACUGUUAAAGAAAUGUGGUACUUAGUGGGAAGUGUAGAAGGCAUAAAUAAGAAAGAGUUGCUUUUGGAGUGUCAGGUCGUUGCAGAAUUCGUUGAUCCGAAAAUUGAAAUGUCAGCGUCUGUUAUUGAAUUUCAAUAUGACUAUGGUCCAUACAGUGAAUUUUAUAAAUUAACAGAUUUGGUUACGAUUAAGAAUGUGUCCAAAUUACCCUUGAAUUUCGAAAUUAGCGUCAAGCCUCCGUUUGCGAUUAUUCAAAAGUAUGGUUCUUACAAGAUUAAUCCGGAAGAAGAAGAGUUUUGUGGCUGUGUAUGUUACAACGAAUCUGAUUUAAAUAUACCAAGUAUUUUAAAUGAGAUUGGACCACGUCAAUCGAAAAUGUUUAUAGAUUACCUAACAUCUAAACCAGUUGAUCCUUCACGAAAAGGUCCUCUGCACUUCUUUCAAGAUAUUAACAAAAUUAAGUGGGCCUUUAAUCUUACGCAUUUGAUAGAGGAGCGCUUAGAAGACCAAGAAGUAAUGAAAAUUCAGAUUUUAUUCGACACGACGAAGCAUUUGUCACUUAAGUCUCGAGUGUAUUGUGAUUUGAUGAGAAUUAAAUUUAAAGGACAUAAAAAUAAAGAUGCCAUAAAACUUAUAGGAAAGAUUAACUUCCCCAACUUAUCGGUCCUGUCUCCAAGAGUUGAUUUUCAAUGUGUUUUAAACGGAAGUAUUGAAAGUAGAAUUAUUAAAAUUCAAAACGUGACACCCCUUUUGGUUUGUUAUAGAUUCAACUGGAAGAAAUGCAGUAUCACAUCAAUAGUCAGUAUCAGUGUUAACGUUAUAAGACAAAAUGGAGGAGAACUUCAUGAAAUUUUAGCGUGUCGAACUCCAAUGGGAUCAACCGUGGGUUUGACUACAGAGAAACACGGUAAUGACAGUAAACCGAUUAUUCAGAAUCUAAUUGGUAUUCAUUCUGAAAUUCCACAUGAGAAAAAUGAUGAAGCAGACUUGUCCAAAAAUAUUAUAAUGAAGAAAAUUGCACCUAUGUUGGAUACAAGAUAUGAUUCCCGAUUUGAGUGGAUAUAUAAAUUUCCAAAGGUUAAUAAAGUAUCGCAUGUCAGAAUAAAUGACGUUUUCCAACUCGUGCCUCAUUCUGGAAUGUUAAAACCUGAUGAAGUACAAUAUGUCAACAUUAUUUUUAGACCAAAAUGUAAUAUAAAUGUACGCGCAAUUUUAGAAUGCGAAGUAUUAGGAGGACCACCGGAAAGUAUUAUCGUUAGUGGUCAAAGUUCUGAAUUACUGUAUAAAAUAAAUAAUCAUAAAAUAAACUUUAAAAUUCGUUCCUAUAAUGAAAAUGCUACAGAGAAAUUGUUAAUAACAAAUAUAGCGCAAUUGCCGUUUGAAUAUAAAACGUACGUAAAUGAGCCAAGCCUAAAAAAUAAUCUGUACAGUAGGAUUAUCGACAUAGUGCCCUCUGAACAAGUAUUAGAACCAGAACAGGAAACAGAAAUUAAAAUUGAAAUGAGACCCGGUGUAAUGGGUUAUUUCCACCGAAUAUUUAUUUUAGAAAUUGGCCAUCUCCCUAUAUUACCAAUUGAAGUUUUUGGAUGGGGAGUGAUUCCACAAGUGUAUUUAUCUUUACCAAGACCAGAUAUUUUACAGCUCGAUGAUGAAUUGGGUUAUCAAGCAAUACCUACACUCACGUCUGAUUAUUUGGAAGCUAUUCAUGAAGUAUUUUCUAAGUGUGCAUCGGAACAUUUGAAUACACCUUUAGUAGAGGAAUGCUUUGAAGAUCCACAUUUUCAAUAUGAUUGGCAUAUAUGUUCUGCUUGGGAUGCAUAUCCUUCUAUUAUGGACAUAGAAUUGUCGAUAGAAAGAAUGCUAGCUACAAAUUAUAUAACUUUACACCAAGAAUUAAUAAACACAUUACAGACAACUUCAAAAAUCGGACCCAUUCCUGGUUUUAGCACGAUACCUUACAUGAUUGACUAUGGUGUUGUAAUAACUGGUAGCACAAUUCAAUGUAGUAUUGAAGUUAUUAACUAUGGGCCUAUAGUUACAAAGUUGCAUAUUGCAAAAGGAACGUAUAUUCCAUCUUGGUUAGGAUUAAAGCUAUGUGGAAAAUUGAGUCCCGGAGAAAGAGGAAAGCUUGAAGUUACAUUUGCUCCAACAUCAGCCGAUAUCACUGAGUUGGAGCAAAAUGUCGAAACAUCCUUUAAUAUAGAGGUUCCUUAUGGAGUGACGAUCCCAGUUCGGAUUAAAGCUUUAUGCGCAGUACCUUACUUAGCAUCAAACGUCAACGAAAUUGAUUUUGGUUCAGUUAGAUGUGGUGACAAAGUUGUAUGCUCCAUUUCUUUAAAAAAUGUUGGAAAACCGACGUGCAUCUGGUUUGUGACCUUAAAACUGAAAUCUCCCGGAUCCAACGUUAUGACUGUUUAUGAUAGUUCUGGAAAAUAUGAACCUGGUGAAGGAGGCUGGUUAAGUAUUGCUUUUAAGCCUACAAUAGAGAUGCUGUAUGAGGGUAUAUUGAUAUUUAAAUUUCAUAUGAACCCCAACAGAUUAAUCAUACCCAUAACUGGUCAAGGCAUUGUACCUCAAGUGCACAUUAUUGGACCGAAUGUCAGCUUCCCACCGACACUACCGUGGGCGGAAAGAAGUGAAAUUUAUUUUGGUUUAACGAAUCCUUGUCCAUUUCCCAUUGAACUUAUAAUAGCUCAUAGCGACAAGCAAUGGAAAGAUGAAGAAGAAAUAUAUCAAUUACUUUAUAAAUAUUACAAUAAGCCUGAAGAGAUGUUAUUGCCAGCUGUAACUCCUGGAUCUGGAAUACCAGCAGAGAUUGUCAACUUCUACAAGAAGUUUAGGGAAAGAGUGAAAAAGUGCAAAGACGAGGAAGCUCAAUCUUCUAAGCCAUCAACAGUUCGAGCUUCGGCUUCUUCACGGAAAACAAAAAGUCCAAAAAGCAUUCCUAAAACAAUUACAGCUUCAAAGGAAGCAGCAGCUCCAAAAAUAUGUCGGACUGAAAAUGAAAUUAUAAUGGACGUUAUUAAGGAAAUGAAGGAAGAAAAUAUCGAUCCAUUACAAGAAUGUUUGAAGAUUUUUGACAUUCCAUCGACGGAUAGUGGGACAGUUAAACGCUCUACUGGAAUAUUAAUUUUUAUGCACGGAUCUCCUUGUGAAGAAAUACAGUGUCAAGAAAUGGCCUAUACAAUUGGUAAAGCUCUAGGACUGCCAACAAUUAACGUAGACUCGUGCUUUGUUGAGGCUCUAUGCGUUUGCAAUUGUUCUGCGAAAUGUGUGCUAAUUCAAGCAAUAAACGAAAUGUAUGAAAUGUCACGUAAGAAUGUAACAAAAACUGAUUCUCAAGGAGAGGAAGCAGAAGCUGAAGAUAUAAACGAUGAUAACUUUGAAGUAAUAUUUAAGAAGAUAGAAUUUUUGGCUAGCAAUAAAAAUGUUACUCCGCGAUCUAAAGUAAGCGAUAAAAAGAAGAAAAGGUCGCCGACCUCUUCUGUUGUAUCACACACCGCUGUAGGAGCAAUUGGGUCUUCGACAAUGUUUCAAAUGGAUUUAGUACAAGAACUCUUGACAGAAUUUUUUAAACUACCUAGAUUCGAUCGAGGCUUUGUAGUCGAUACAUUAACGAGUAUCGUUAUAAAAAAUGCUCCUCUUGUUCUCACUACUGUAAUUAAAUGUAAAAACAGUAUAAGGAAUAUCCACAUGGUCUUGUGUCAGUCUGAUUUUAAUAAAUGGGCUCAGGCAUAUGAAGAGAGUCAGAGAGAUGCUGAUUUAAAUCAUGACGACGUGACCAAAAUUUACGAUGAAACAGAAAUAGCUGAUAUUGUAAAAAUUUUUGAAGAUAUGAACGGAGAAGAAUUUGAAAAUUCCAGUUCAGAACUAAAAUAUAUUUAUAUAACAUAUGGAUUGGAAGAAAGGCGUAACAAAUAUUACGAAAAAGUCGGUCAUCCUAAAGGUGUAAUAUCUAAAGAUAAAAGUGCUCGAGAUCACAGUAAAUCAGUUUUAGCAAUGGAUAAAUCAGAAUCUAGAAAGAAAAUUAAAAAAGAUGAUGUUAAAGCAAAACCAACAAGUGAAUACUUAAACAUGAAUAUAAGGUACAACGAAUAUCUCAAAAAUACAUAUGAAAAUUUAAUAAAUAUCGCAAACAAUUGGGUGUUUGACCUCGGGGACGUCGGCAGUCCGUUAUACGGUUUCAAUGGACAAUUACUUGGUUCUUCCCAAAAGAAAGUUAGGAGAAAAUCUGAAGUACAAAUACAGAUUUCAGAUGUCAGUUUUUCUGAAAGAGGAUUUCCAUUAACCAUAGUAACAUGUGCUUGUCUGCGGUAUAAGCAGGCUUUGGUCAACAUGUUCUCUAGAUCAGUCCUCGUUCAAGACGCUCUUAAAGAAGAAGAAAAGUACGAUAUACUAAAAUGUCCUGUUAUUAAAAAAACAUAUUCUUUAUUGUUACCUAAAAUAUUUCCAGUUAUAAUUCACGAAGAACCGUUACGUUGGUACUAUUUAGAUGAAGAACCGAUCAAAAAGUGUGAGUGUAAUCAGGUCAAUGAUUUAAAUUUAUUAGAUGAUACAAAUCAAGAUAACGUUUUAAAUAUAUUAUCGAAAUGGCAUUGUACUUGCGGUAAAAAGGUGACGUCCUCCCAAACAUCUACAAGCGAAAUACCAUCUACUUCAAUAGAAAGAGUAUUGGUAGAAGAAAGUCAAAUAGACGUAAACUAUCCUUUACCUCUGCACAGUGUAAAAUCGUUACCUGAUCGCGAUACACGUAUAGUAUUAAACCCUGGAGAUCUGGUCAGGUGUAAAUAUACUUUUAGUCCUCAAGUUGAAGGAAAUUUCAAUGUAAGGAGAUUUGUUGAAGUUAGUGGUUGGCCAGAAUCACGUGUUGAUAUAACAGUAUCUGGUAUAUGCGAUCUCCCGAGGCUAGAUAGGCGCCCAAAGAAAAUGUUCGAAAACUUUGUGAGGAGAACUGCAGAAGAUAAAGUUUACAAAGGCGCAUAUUUAGACGACCACAAACUGUUUGACUUUGGGCCUAUAUUUAUUGGAAGUAACAGGAUAUAUGAAGAAAAAUACACAAUAGACUUACGGAAUGCUUCGUUGAUAACAACAGAUAUAGAAAUAGAGUUUAUUGAGGAAACAACUAUUUUUAAACUUGAUAAAACUUUUAUAAGUUUAGAACCAGGAUGUCGAGGCAAGUUAGUAUUAAAAGCCGCUCCGACUGAAGUCGGGACACAUACAACGGUUUUAAUGUUCUGCAUCAAAGACAAUCCUGAAAUAGUUAUGAUAACAAUAAACUGUAGCGGAGUAGUUCCUUAUGUCGAAAUUCUUCCACUAACUAAAAUGAUUGAGUUUGGAAAGCAUUUGCUGUAUCGUCGCGAAGAUGAUAGAUUAAUCGUGAAAAACGAUUCUAUUCUCCCCAUUAAGUGGAAAAUUCGCAAUGCAGAAGAUUUCGUAGAAGAUUUUUUAAUAGCUCAAAAGACCGGAGUAGUAGCGAGGAACGACAACCAGAUUGUUCCAGUUACCUACAUAGCUUCCAGAGUGGGCGUUAUAUCGAAUAAAGCACUAACUAUUGAUAUAUAUGACGCAGAAGGUCGCGGAGAUCCAAUGUUAACAGAUUCUUUAUUUUUGUCUGCCGAAUGCUAUGAUGUGAUGGUGGAAUGUGCUCACGAGAACCCCAGUGAGAACUUCCUUAACUACGGCAAUGUUAAAGUUAACUCGACUGCCUAUCGAGAGAUGUAUUUAUUAAAUAGAGGAAGAUAUAAUGUCUACUACAAAUUAAAAAAAGUAAAAAAUUUCCCUGAACCGUCUUUACUGCGAUCGUUUGACGCUACACCAGAAUAUGGUAUAAUCCCACCAUCGUUAAAACUCGUAACUAUAGAAUUUGAAUGUACUCCUACAACGUCCAUAAAUUUGAUAAACGUACCUGCGUAUAUUUGCUCGCUAUUGGAUGGCAGCAAGAAGCAGGUCGUUGUUGCAAAAUUUCCAGUUUGUGUUACAAUCGCGUCUUUUUACAACACCUUUACGUUGUUUCCUCUUGGAGAAUUAAAUUUCCACAUAAUUCCCGUGGGAAGUGGAGUAACAAGAGAGGUUAUUUUAAACAAUACAAGCAAAUGCCCCAUCACUUACGAAAUAAUUCUUCCGCCAAAAUAUAGAAUCAAUCCAGAAGACCAACCACAGACUAAAUUAAAAGAUAAUAAAUUAAAGAAUCCUCCAUUAAAAUGUGGAAAUUUUCUUAUCGUAAACGAUGAUAACCUUCUUGCGCCUGGCACUAGUAGGACUCUACAGAUACAAUUUUUUGCCACGUCUGCCACAACAUUUGAGGAAACAAUUAAUUUUAUAAUAAGCGAUACUUGCCCCGCUGAGUGUCAAGGAGUCCCGUUGAAACUCGUUGGAACUGGAGCAAUGCCAACGUUAGAUCUUUGGAAUUUGGAAACGACUUUCCGUGAACAUUUGAUAGUCAAAAAUCUUUUGGAAUAUAAAGUUCAUGAGUCGUCUCCUCAUUGCGUAUUUGUUGAAGAUUCUGUUACGCUGCACUUUUUCUGUGUCACUGUAAAUUCAAGAUAUGUGGCUAUUCUUGAUCUUUAUAACAGUGGUUUAGUUGCAUGUGCAUUGACCAUGAAACUGCAUUAUCAGAGUAAUUCUAGUCCAGACAUAUUUUCACUGGAUAAAUAUCAAACUCACAUUGAACCAUUGUCACACAAAAAUUUAGGUAUUAUAUUCACACCUAAAGCUCUAGAGGAAUAUAGGGCAGUUUUAGAAAUUAGACUAAAAUUAUUACAAAAUCAAGAAAAGUCUUUUAAGCUUUGUUUGAUUGGUGAAGGUGUAAUACCGAGGGUUGGUUUGAUUACUCCAAAUUUGAGACAUCAAAGAUUGGCAGUACUACGUUUUCCUAUUACUUGCUUAGGUUCAAUAUCAUACAAAGAAAUAACUUUUAAAAAUAUCAGUUCAGUGCAAGCUGUAGUCUUAGCAGAUGUAUUAUUUCCAAUCAAUGAGGAUCGGUCUAUAUUUUGGCUAACUUCAGCACCAGUUAGCGAUCACAUGGUUAUUUUGGGAAACAAUGAUGAUAUGAAUACAACAAUGAAGGUUGUUUUGAAGCCAGAUGAAACUGCAACGUUAUAUGUUCACUAUAACCCUAGUAAAAAAGGAAGGACAUCUUGCGAUAUCAAAUUUACAAUUUUUGAAAAUCCUUACGAAUAUUUUACGGUUCUGUGUGAAGCGGAGGCGUUUAUGGAAGAUGUCAUAUUGUUAGGAUUGGAGAUGCUCUCUAUGGACAUCGAUUUAGAUGCUUAUAAAGCUUCUGCUGAUGGGACCUUGUCAACGGUGUCAACUAUGGAUAGUAGUAGGAAGAAAAGUAGAAGUGCACCAAUCGAGAAGAGAAAAUCCAGACAACUUGUAAGCAAGAGGGCUAAAAAAGCAUCACAAGCAUCUGUGAAAGCAAGUGAUACGGCAACGAGCUUCGAACACUCCCUACUCAAAUAUGUCUUGAACUUUGGUGGCUGUGAACUGUGUGUUAUUCAUAGACGAUCCGUGAUUAUGGUAAACAAUUCCGAGAAAGUAUAUAAGUUUAAAUGGGAUGCCGUUGAACACAUCAUUGUAAAGCCGUCUGUUGGUUUUAUAUCGCCGGGAGAAGAGAAGGAUAUAGAGAUAGUCUUCUUCUGUCCACAACCAGUUGUAAUAAAAAAGGAAUUUUUAAAUUUAACCUGUGUUGCCAUAAGUGACGACUUUUUCACUUUGGAUAUCAAAGCAAGUACAUGGGAUAAUCGGCAAACUGUUACAAUUUUCGAACACAAUGGAGAAGUAGAUCUAAAUGAAAGAUAUGAAGCCAGUGUUAAUGAACAGACUAAUUUGACUCCUGGAUAUUUAUCGGAUGUUAUUCAAAUGGUUGUUAUUUAUUCUGCCACCACGGAGUACACUAAAUAUUUGUGCGAUUUAGAAGGAGAAAUGAAUAUUCAGGACACCUUUAUUUAUCAGAUACGAACAUUCACUUUCAAAGCAGAAAACAUUGGUAAAGUUCCAAUGAAAAUUACAUGGAACUUUAUGAUAGAUGACGAGUAUCCGGCUAGAAUUGAUAAGUUAAAUAACAUUACUGCAACGUAUACGUACAACGUGCGUUUUUCAAAUAAAUAUUUUCGUUAAAUUAUUUAAUCAAUAUUUAUUUGAUUUAACUUAGAUCCCAGCAGAAUGACGUUAUAUAGCUACAGUUCAGAACGAGAGAGUGUAGAUACUUGGUUUGAAGCAGACCUUCCGUUUGUCAUCGAACCAGCGAAGCAGUGCAUUAACCCGAAUGAGAGUACACAGUUUAAAGUUACUUUUGCGCCUUUAGAAGCGUUCCAGUUUAAUGUUAGACUAAAGAGUUCCAUUGAUAAUUUGGAUCCAUACGACCAGAAUAUAUCUUGCAAAAUACGUGCCAAAUCUUUAGUCCCGUAUGUCCACCUCGAUAUUGAAGAGAGUGAUUAUUUGACGUCUGAUAGACGGAAAAUAACAGGGACUGCGCUUCCGGCACACACUACCGUGCUUGAGUUUAACGUUCUGGGAUCGGGUUGUUACAAAAAGGCAUUUGACGUAAUAAAUCCGACGUGCGAGGGCUAUGAAUUUAUUUUUGAAAUGGUGAUGUCCGAGAAGGAAGAGCUGGUGCCCGUGCACUGUGACUUGUUAAAGGGCUAUGUCGAGGGAGGCACUUCGACUGAAGUUGUUUUUACAUUCUCUCCUACUGCACCUGGGGUAUACGAAUCACAGUGGAAGUUUGUCAUACCCGUACACUCGCUGGUAGUGACUUUGCUAGUUGUUGGUAUUGUCCGUGAGCCAGAAGUAGUUUUCGUUCCUACAAUACUGAUCAUUAGAAACUCUUUGGUUGGUUUUACUACGAAUAACGAAGUGGUACUGAGGAACAAGGAGGACGAAAGUUUGAAUUUCGAAUUUAAAGGAAAUUCUCUUUGUAAUGAAUCAGGAAAAACUCCGGUUAUUGUGGAACCUGAUUGCGGUGUACUGAAACCGAGAUCAGAUACGACCAUUAAGAUAAUUUACACACCAAUACAAGAUGGGCCGCUAUCCUUCAAGAUAUUUUGUAGUGUUACGUAUUUGACCAAGUUGAUCACUUUGUGUGUGAAUGCUUUGAGCUAUUCAAUAAAACCAAAGAUAUCUUAUUAUUUAAUAGGCAACGAACAUAUUCUUAGUAGCGAUGCUGUUACAAAUAUACAUUUAGACCAAACUGCUUCAACUUAUGAACGUAAAAUACCAUUUAUAAUAAAAAACGAUGGUUCUGCGUCAUUUUUCUUCGAUUGGCACUAUAACGCUAGUGCAGUAAAGAAGUAUCUUCAAGUGAAUGUGGAGCCACAAAGUGGUCAUGUGUCGCCUGCAAAUGAAAUGGAAUGCGUCCUUCAUUUCACACUUAGAACUGUUCCUGUGCAAGAUUUUCCUAUUAGAUUGUCGAUUUCUGACGGUCCAGAAUACAACAUAAAUCUACACGCUGAAAUAGAGAAGCCGCUUUACCAUUUCUCAUGUAUGGAGUACGAUUUUGGUCGGUGUAUCGUUAACGCACCUGAUUUUACGUACAAGAAAAACAUAUCAUUUGAGAAUAAUGAUAAAGUUCCUAUAAAUUUAGAUUUGAACUUUUCAAACUUACCGGAGCUGGUCGUGUUUUAUAAAAAAGAGAGCUGCAUCGAACCGAAGAAACGAUUGAAAAUAACACUUUAUUUUCGACCGAAAGAAGUUAAGGAAUAUGAAUUUGAACUACAGUUUUGGGUGAACUCAUUGUGUGAAGAAAUUGUGCGGAUUAAGGGAGAAGGUGUUCCUCUCCUAUUUGACCUCUACGAAGGUUGCCAGAAAAGUUUCGAUCUUGGUGCUGUAAAAGUGGGUGAAAAAAUCGUUCGUCAGAUCGAAGUGAUGAACCACAGUAAAGUGCCGAUAGAUGCAAAUUUCGAGUUUAAAGUCAUGACUCCUAACGUGGAAGACAAUACGAACUCUGAAGGGACGAGCGUCUGCCUUAGUCCUAGUGUUACGAAUCUUCAAGUGACUGAUCUGGAGCCAUCCAGAGGGGAAAUGCUACAACAAUACAAGAAUGAUAAAAUACGCGAACAGAUCGCGAUGGAUUCUCAAAAUUCAUUAUCAUCGCUGAAAGUGGUCCCCUCUAAAUGUACCAUUAGACCAUACAUGAAAGUGCCUCUGAAAAUACAGUUCAAGCCUGUCGGAAUGAUAAGCAAUUUAAAUGUUCAGCUAAAUAUGACGGUACUGGAGAAGUGUCGCGCGCUAGUGCGCGUGCGCGGGCGCGCGACGGGCGCGUGCUUCCGUCUCGGGCGCACGUCGCUUCAGUUCGGUCGCGUGCGCCGCCGCGGCUGCAAGGUGCUCAAGGUUAUGCUGCACAACAGUGGCGAUGUAGGUGCCAGGUUUUGGUGGCAACCGCUGGUAUCGAAUGAGUUUACAAUAUCGCCUAUGCAGGGAAAUAUAGCCGCGCAUACUAAUGUUACUUUCACAGUGACAUUUAGACCGCUAAACCAUAAUCCGUUUAUUAAAGUUUGGGCUUGUUGUAAUAUUGAAAACUACACUCCACUAGAUUUAGCGUUGUACGCAACGUGUGUUGACACUGGAAAUGUGCAGAACAAAACAUUAUACUUCGAAUGUCCUGUGAGAGAAGUCGAUACACAAUACGUUGUCGUCACUAAUCCUUCCGAUGACAUGUGGCUGGUUCUCUCCGAAGUGUCGGGCGGACCGUUUGAAACGUUGAAGGAAUUUCAUAUAGAGCCCAACUCUACUUUUGAUAUUCCUAUAUAUUUUAAGCCGAAAACUAUGGGCAAGCACGAGAGUCAAGUACUAUAUUCUCCUUUGGGCGAGAGCGCACUAUUCGUGAGCUUGUCGGGCGUGAGCGGUCCGCCCCGACCCAGUGGGCAGCGUGUACUCGCCGUGCGCGCCAAGCGACCACACACCGAGGAACUACUCGUACACAACAUUACUGAGUGCCCAGAGUCUUACGUCGUGUCUUCAGAAGUUGUAAAAAUAAUUCCGGAUAAAUUUGAAGGAUAUUACGAAAUAAAGCAGCCGGAUAAUAUUAAAGUAUGGGGUGAAGCGGCUGCGACUUGCCGGUGGACAUUUGUGUGCUAUGAAGAAUGUGAAAUGCAAAUUAAAGUGAUGUUCAUCAAUGAAGUUACACGGGAAUAUCAAUACUACGACAUAGAUGUGUCGGUGCUUGCAAGCGAAAUCGUUGACACAUUGUCGUUCUGUUGUCGUGCUCGCGAGUCUGAACGGCGCGAUCUCGUGCUGGCGAACCCACUCGCGAACGACGCGGAGUUUCACAUUAAUUGUCAUUCACUCAACUGCCCUGAUACCGUCAAGAUUACCGGGAACUCUGAGACGGUUGUUGGUUUGAUAUAUUCACCCCUAGUUGUUGGUGAAUCUCAGGAUAUUUUGGAAGUUAGCAACGACCUGGUCGGAUCUUACGUGUACAGCGUAAUGCUAAAGUGUUUACCCUCGAAAGUCAAAAACUUAGAGUUUACAACUCCCCUCGGGUGUUGUAUACCACUACGUCUAAGGGUCCAAAAUAAAUCUGAUGUCCGGGCCGAUUUUACUGCUUCGGUUACUCAUCCAUCAAUAAUUACUGAAAAAGAAUACAGUUUAGCUGCCUACGAGAAAGGAAAAUUCCAAGCGUGGUUUGAACCCACAGAACUCGGUAUCCAAAACUGUAUAGUAUCUUUUGAUUCACCUGUAGCUGGAGAAUUUGUUUUUAGCAUUAAGGGAGUGGCAACAGAUCCAAGACCCCAAGGACCAUUUGACGUAAAAGUAGGUGGAUUUACAACGAUUACAUUUAAAAACGUAUUUGAAGAAACCAGAAUGUUUAAGAUUUACGUUGAUCGAGAGGAGUUUCAUGUUAAAACUUUAUACGAGCUAAUCAAAUCUAAGAAGGAUUUGAAAAUAACGGUAUUUUUAAACGAAUUACAAAAAUUAUCAUCGCCGCCAACUGGCUGUCUUACGAUCGAGACUUACGAGCCGCCGGAGCCAAAAGUUCAGUGGAUGUACUUCCUUCAAGGCGUCUUGUGAUUUAUUUACAUUUAUUUUAAUUUUUUAAUUUUAUUACAGAAUAUUGUUGUCUA